AUGGAAUGCUUUUUAUUUGACAGUUUUACUUUACCUACAAUAAAUACAUUUAUAAUUUUAGACAUUAUAAUUAAAGUUUUAAAAAAAAAAGAAAAAGGUAAAUGGAGAGAAGGAAAAAAAAUACUUUACUUGGGAAAUAAAAUAUUAAUAGACACAUUUCCACCAAACUAUAAUUUUAUUUUAAAUUUUUUAAAUGUUUUAAUUGAAAAUAAAAACAAAACUAGCGAUUAUAUAAAUAAUAAUGUGUGUAAAAAUGAUGAUAGCUGUGAAAAUAAAUCUAUUUGGGAUAUUAAAAAAGUGAAAGAUUACAAAAGGGGAAAUAUAAAAGAGACAAAAUAUUUUAAUAUAAAAGGAAAGUUAUAUAUAACUAUGAAGGAAUUAAAAAAUAUUUUAAAAAACAUACAUAUAAAAUAUGUUGAUAAUGAAAUAUAUUUAUCCAAUUUGUUAUAUAAAUUAAAUAAAAAUAAAAAAUAUAAUUUAAUAAUUAUUAAUUUAGCUUUUUUUUUUUUUAAAGAUAAGGUUAAGCUUAAUUCCUUUAUACAAGGAAUGUCUCAUAUUACAACAAAUUUUACACCUACCAAUAAAAACAAUAUAACCAGUUUAGGAAAUACAAAUAGUUUUAAUUUUUCUCUUACAUCCAAACAAACUCAUAUAGACUCUUUCCUUCAAAGGGAAAUAUGUGAUGAGCAAUUUUUAAAAAACAUUAUGAAUAUACAUUUUCAAUAUUCUUUUUUUGUUAAUUUUUUUGAGCAUUUAAAUUCUGUUGAUAAUUUUUUCGUUCUUUCAAAAAAAAAAAAAUCGAAAAACGAGUGGCGAGCACCCCAAAUCAAUGACAUGAAUAUAAAGAAUGGAAUAAAUAUAAAGAAUGGAAUAAAUAUAAAGAAUGACAAAAAUGAAAUAAACAACAAUAUUAGUUCCUCUUAUUGUAGCAGUAGUGAACGUGAACAAAGGGAAGACAUUAUAAAGGAUGGUGAUCCAGUUUGCUAUAAAAGCAGUUUUAUUAAUUAUAAUAAACUAGUAUCAUGUAGGAAGCGAAGUUAUACAGAAAAUAUAUCAAUAAAUAUGGAAAAAAAAAAAAUGAAAAAAAAUUUAUACAUAUUUGACAUAUUUCCAAAAUCAGAAUCAUAUAAAAAAAUGUAUAUGAAUAUGAUUUCUCUUUACUUUAAUUAUGUCUAUUUAAUAUCUUGA